UCUCAUAUCAUAUCGAUCAUGAUGGUUUCUGCAAGUAGUGAGAAAAUAGGGUCAUUAUUAGCUGGUUUACCUGCAAAGUUUACUGGCAAGGUCUUUGAGAUUGCAAACAGAACAAAGAAGCUUGGGGAAGAUGACCCCAGAAGAAUUACUCAUUCUCUUAAAGUAGGAUUUGCAAUCACCAUGGUCUCAUUAUUCUACUACUAUCAACCACUUUACAACAGUUUUGGUGCCUCUGCAAUGUGGGCUGUUAUGACUGUCAUCGUCGUCUUCGAAUUCUCAGUUGGAGCUACACUUGGAAAAGGUUUGAAUAGAGGAUUGGCAACCCUAGUAGCUGGUGGUCUAGGUCUCGGAGCUCAUCACCUGGCUAGCUUAUCUGGACACAUCGGUGAACCCAUACUACUAAGUGUUUUUGUGUUCUUACAAGCUGCUACAUCAACGUUCAUACGGUUCUUCCCCAAAAUUAAGGCACGAUAUGACUACGGGCUGUUGAUUUUCAUAUUGACAUUCUCGUUGAUAUCGGUAUCGGGUUUCCGGGAUGAUGAGGUGUUGGAGUUGGCUUAUAAGAGGCUAUCCACCAUCUUCAUUGGUGGCUCUGCAUGUAUAAUUGUAACCAUACUGGUUUGUCCUGUCUGGGCUGGUGAAGAUCUUCAAAAACUCAUAGCUUCCAACAUUGAAAAGCUAGGAAAUUUCUUGGAAGGUCUUGGAAGUGAAUACUUCAAAUUAUCGGAGGAUAUUGCAGAGUCUAAAGAUGACAAGGCAUUUCUGCUUGGAUACAAAAGUGUUCUGAAUUCUAAAAGCAGCGAAGAAUCCUUGGCUAACUUUGCAAGAUGGGAGCCAGGUCAUGGUAGGUUCAGUUUUCGUCAUCCAUGGACACAAUACCUGAAGCUCGGAGCUUUAGUUCGGCAAUGCGCCUAUCGGAUUGAAGCUCUUCAUAGCCGCCUGAUAACAGCCGACACUCAAAUAUCACUCGAAGUUCGUAAUAGAAUUGAAGAAUCUUGCACAAAACUGAGCUUGGAAUCUGGCAAAGCACUCAGGGCACUAGCAUCAGAUUUCAGGACAAUGACCAAAUCACCCUCUGCUGAUCCCCAUAUUGCUAAUGCAAAGGCUGCAGCAAAGUCUCUCAAGUCCUUACUUAAAUCAGGCUUGUGGGAAGACAUUGAUCCUUUAGAAGUGGUACCUGCAGCAACAGUAGGCUCACUACUACUUGAUGUUGUCAACUGCACUGAGAAAAUUGCUGAGUCUGUUUAUGAACUUGGGUCUCUUGCAAAUUUUGCGACUGUUGAAGCCAGUGUGUCACCAGAAAGAUCGCACGAGUUGAUAAAAAUUUGUAGUGAAGGACAAAAUCAUAAGAUGGACUGCCCCCAUAUUGUUAUCAAAAUUUCAGAGUCACCCCCAGUUUUGCCAGUAAACAUUGGUAAAUCUGGUCAACAAAUACUUGAAGUGUAAAUAUAUUACUACAUAUAAAGUUGUAUAAUAGAUAAAUAGAUUG